UUUAGCGCGGAUAGGAGAAGGUGCUUGUUAACUUGGGCAUCUGUACUAAGGCGGUACCGGGAAACUUUGAGGGUAACAAUGAGGCAGCAGGCUUUUUUGAUCGGGGUUGCGUUCAUGAGCCUCGUUAUUCUUUUCCUGGGAGUUGACGGUGCGGAAAUACUUCACCAGGAAAAGUUGAACGAGGAAGACCAUAGUGCAGGACUGAAAUCUCGAUCCAAACGCAGUGGCCUUUCCCACAGUGACGAUAUGUCAAGCUUUUUUGCCACUGCCGGGGAGCGCGAUCUUCGCCGGUUCACGUCCCCUCCACGCAGCGGCAAAGUGGACUGCACUGUGGAAGUCCAACAGACCCGCCAGAUUGGCGGCCACUGUAUUCGGGUGGGAAGGUUAAGACAGACUGUUUGCGUUGCUGAGGGGAAAUUGUUUGUAAACAACCCCGACUGCCUUGCCCUCCACUGAGGUCAACGCGAAUUCUUCGGUUUUUCUUCACUACUGUUUAGUUAACUAUUUUGUUGGCAGCGAUACUGAGAUAAUACUCAGUGAACAUUGGCAGUAUUGCUAAUCCAUUUUAGACAGACAGAAUGCCGUAUUAGUGACAGAGCCCGGCUGUAGAAGAUUUAGGACGGAUGAACUAUGUGGUAGUAUGUUUGACUUUCGUGAUACCACCCACCUUGUCAACUGAUUCAUUCCCUGUAAAGAGACUAAUGCAUUUAGAUAUUGUUUCAUUGUAGUAUGGAUACAACGACAUACAAUACAAAAAUUUAACAUUUAUCAGCCGACUGCACUUUACCUCAUUUUUGAAGAUAAUUAUAAUAAUAUACAAUACUAUUUACAUCCGUUGAAUUGAGUCAAACUAGGAGUCCAACUUUGGUAGAAUGGCUUGCUCUUUAUAAUAAUUAAUGCCCGAUAAUUAUUUCUUUGAAUCAGAUUGAGCUUUUUGUUGCUUUUAAAUUAUUUCUCUAUUUAUUCUCGGCGCAGCGUUUUAAUCAGUAGGUUGCUUGUUGUGAAUUGUAGCAUGCCAAGAGAGGGAUAAAUGUUCUAUUUGCCCUUCUCUGUACAUAACUAUAUCUACGUAUGCUUUAUCGAAUCACAAAUAUUUGGGUGUUAUACCACUUUGUGAAUGAAAACUUAGUACUUUGGACGGUAGCUUUUGGUGGAUUUUACAUGUCCAGCGCACUUAAACCUAUAUUUCAGCUCUUAUUUAUUUAGAAUUUUGAGUAGAAGCCAUCCAGUGGCGCCACUGGUCAAGAGUGUGUAUUUAUUUUUGUGGUAGAAAACAUCUAGUGACGCCACUGGAGGCGGCUUCAUUCAUCUUAUUUGCAGUGUGUUUCUCAAGAUAUUGUGUAUUUUGCUGACCUCUGCUUUAAUGCUCUUGUGUUUCUGUGUAAAUUUAGAAAUUUAGCAAAAGAAAAAAUGAAGGACU